UUUAUUUGCCGCACUCCGAGGCGUUCACAACGUUCAAAAGUUAGCGCGCUCGAACACAAGACGUCGGCAAAGCAGUGCGAGGAAAUUUAGAUGCGAACGCGAAGAGUGUAGAUUUAAGAAAUCCAUAAAAGUGAUAGAACGUGCGCUUACCAUUAGGCAUAAAUUAAAUUCCAUAAUUUAUGCAAGUAUACAAACGAGCAAUCAUCGGGAAAAACAAUCAUCAUCUUCGGUUGAAGGACACUUGAGCCAUAAAUUUACAAUCAGCAACUACAAUUGAAGAAACUACGCAAUAAACCGGCAGCUGCAGUUGCAACCAUUUAAAAAUGUCUCCACUGAUACCCUUGGCAUCGCUACUCAUUUUGGCCAAUUUGGUGGCCGCUCGUCCCUAUUCAUAUGGCCCCAGGUCAGAGGCGCCGCCCUCCAGGCUGGGCAAUCGCAUUGUGGUGCAGUCCCCGUCGCUGGACAACCUGUACAUGGACUAUGUGGUCACCUCGAAGCCACUGAACCUGCGCAAGUACAACAAGAACGGCAGUAAGACGAAAAAAACGAAAAAGGAUUCGAAAAUCUAUUACAUCCCCGUACCCCCACUGCCCUUUCGCCACAUACCCGGCUUUGGUCUGGACUAUCAGCCGAUGAAAAUCAAUCCCAUUCUUCCGGAAGCGGAGGCGACAACCCCACCAACGACCACGCAACGUCCGACCACAUCGAAGCCUGACUGGGACCACCGGAGUCCCAGCAAGGUGCUGCGGGUGCAGCACCACAAGGACUACUACUUCAACGGUCGCCCCCAUCGGCUGCAGGUGGCUCAUGCCGGUCCGAAGUCCAGGCUGACGGCCUCCAACCUGAAGUCCAACUUCUACUAUAACAAAAACAUUAUUUAUUAA